UAUUAUAGUUCUUUACACAAUUUAUUAUUUUCCUUAUCAAAGGUUCUCGCUGGAGUUUAUUUAGGACGAUUUUCGUUACUCUUUUACAUUAGCAAAGCUAAAUAGCCAUGCUAGCAAAGGGGGACCCCCUCUACACAAACUAUUCGAUUACAUCUGUGAUCAUGGAUAAGAUUCAGUCAAAUUCUUAUUAAACUAGCACAACAAAUGUCGCAACAGUGAUGCAACCUAUCGUGUGGGAUUGCUUUAAACAGUAAUGGGCUGAGAUCCACCUGCGUAAAAAAAUGAUGAGGAACAGACAGUGCGUUCUGUGUGAAAUCGUCUGCUCCUCCAAGCAGGACAUGGAUGAGCACAUGAGGAGCAUGCUUCACCACCGGGAGCUGGAGAAGCUUAAAGGCCGUGACUGCGGACACGAGUGCCGAGUGUGCAAGGUGAAUAUGGCUAGCCUGACUGACUACGCCAGCCACAUAUCCGGCCCCACACACAAGCAAAACGUGGAGGCAGCCGUUAAACAGCAGAACAGGGAUGACCAGGACGAAGAAUACUUUGACCAGACGCUGGUGGAGCUGAUCCAGAAGAGGAAAGAACAGAUCAGAAAAGAGAAGGAAGCUGCAGCUGCAAAGCUGGCAAAAGAAGAAGAAGAACGAAAGAGAAAAGAGGAGUUUCAGCAGAGACUGAACAAACUUAAGGAACGUUACUUUCUGGAGCGGCAGGCGUCCCAGCAGGGCUUCAAUGGACCCCGCCAGCACAACUCUUGGCACAGAAGAAGCUACCAUGAUGGCAGAACGGAGGGGCUGAAACCAUUGUAUCAGAACCAACAGGGGAAGAGCGCCACGUGGCACGCCCAGGAGGCCCCUGGUUUACAGAGAUGGGCGACCAUGGAGUUUUCCAAUGAAAGGGGGGAUGGCAGCAAGACUCGGGGCAACGGCAGUGAGCAGAGUCGACUGCCCUGGCUCUGCAGUGGAGGAAGCAGUAACGGACUCUAUGGUCAUAACAACAUUGCCAGGUACGCCUCACAGGCAAGGCCCCACAGCUUUUUGGGGCCUAGGUUUCUGGGCCAGGCUUUCAACCACUUUGGAAGUAGAGGAGAUGUUAGGAGAGGUCAGCAGGACUCCAGGUAUCAAAAAGAAGAGGCUUCACCGGCAGACUCAGACCAUCAUGGUAAAAAUUCCAAAACUCUUGGCAGCAAUCCUAAGUUAGACAAAAGCUGCCGCUGGUCUCCCUAUCCUGUCGUGUCCGGAUCGCAUGGUGAGAUGCUCCAGAAUACGUCAGAGACGCUCCUGAAACCCGCCCAGUCUGAUCCCAAACCAGGUGACUCAGGCGUGCAAAGUGUGGAAGAGAAAAAGAAGCAUCCAUUGAAACAAAGACUGGCCCUCAGUGAUAGCAAACAAAGCAGUGAGCCUAGAAAUAGAACCUCACAACAGGAAGAGCAGAAGAGUUCCUCAGUCCCUGAAACCAGAACUGUGGCCUCCAGCCUGAAGUCAAAACCAAUUGGUAAACAAAUUGGGAGCAAGGUACCUGUUGGCUACCUGACUGAACGGCAGGAGAAGUUCCUCCCAGAGGUGAAACGCUCAGUCAGACAGAUUGGAUUCGAGAGAAGGAGCUCUAUUGAGAGGACAACCCGCCCUGGGGAGCAACAGCUGGAUCACAGACACAACCAGAGCCCGCCAGUCAAAGACAAACACCGGAGUUCUGGUAAAGCAUCACCUCCUGUGGUAGUCAGGCAGGAAAAGGCUCCACCCUCAUCUACCGAAGACAACUUUGUCCAGUCACUUCAGGUCAGCACCUCCAACACAGUGAGCACAGAGCCUGCAGCUUCAGAGCCUGCAGCUUCAGUAAGGAAGGAAGAGGAGAGCGGGGACGGAGCAGAGAGGCGGAGCUCCUCAGGAGUCCAAACUGAGGCAGGCCAGAGCUCAGAGAGCGACACGCUCAGAAGCAGUGAAGCCCAGAUGGCCUCGGGGUCGGACACAUCCGCCUUGUCCAAACUGGACCUCCCCCCUGUCUUAAAGAGGGACCUUACCAAACACAUGAGCUCCAAAAGCAAAGCCACGGGCCACGAGCCGAACCUGAACAUCGCCCGCCGCGUGCGAAACCUCAGCGAGUCGAGGCGGAGCGACGCGGAGAAAGAUUCUGGCCUCAAACCGACUGUGAGGCAGCUGAUCAACUCCUCCGGCCCACGGCGCAGUGUGAACUGGGAGCAGGUUUACCAGGAGGUCCGAAAGAAGCAGGACAAGGGAAAAGGCAUGCCGAGGUUUGGCAUUGAGAUGGUGCCGUUAGAGCAGGAGUCCCAAAACCAGGGGGAGGAUGGAGACGCCCUGCUGGAGGGCUUUCAGUGGGAAUCACUGAUGGAGAUCACAGCUGAGAGCAAAUCUCGUAAACGCUCCCUGUCAGAGAGCAGCCUCACGUCUGGAAUCCCUCAUCCCGUGUGUUUUUCUUUAAAAUCAGAGGAAACGGUAGAGGAGCAGGAGUCUUUGCCUCUUUCUGCUCCAGAGAAGCCAGACAAACUGGCCAAAGUUCUCCAGCCGUCUGAUUCAGCGCUGGGGGACAGCAGCUCAGGGACGGAGCAGUGUGACGGGCAGGGGACGGGAAAGAGGAGACGAGCCGCAGGGGACUCUCCCAGCAUGGGGGCAUCUUCUCUGGAGGGGGCCAACAAAAGGAGGAAAAUCAAACCCAAAAAAGAGCGCCUGCAGAUUGACCAGCUGCUCGCUGUGUCACUGCGGGAGGAGGAGCUGAGUCAGUCCCUACAGAAAGUGGACGCCAACCUGAUCCAGGCCCGGGCGGCGCUGGAGGCCGCCUACCUUGAGGUGCAGCGACUCAUGGUGGUUAAACAGCAGAUGACAGUGGAGAUGAGCACGCUGAGAAACAAACGGAUAGAGCUGCUCAAAGGCAUGCAAGGUGCUACUGAGGAGGCUCCAGAGCUCAGUCUGAAACUGAAAGACAUGGCUGAUUUUGGAGCAGAGCUCUCUGAGAAGUCCUCCACUGCUGGGUGCAGUCCUAAUCAUUCUGCAGAGUGUGCUUCCCCGCCUUCCUCCACUCUCCCUCAGCCCGUAGUCAUCAAGGAGGAGCCCCAAUCUCCAGUCUGCAUCAACUUGGAGCCGGAUCCUUAUAGCAAUAUAACGAGCUGUGCACACAGCACCACCGCAGAGCUACAGAACCCCUCAGCAGAUCCUGUCCACAGCCUGAGGAUGUCUCCUGGAAGAGAACCUGAACCUCAACAAACUAACACAGAAGACCCUCCAGCAUGCAAAGAGAAGCUAUCUGCACAGAUCAACAAAACCGAAAGGUCUCCAGAGGCGUGGAGCUGCAACAGCUCUAAAACAGUUUCAAAGUCAUCACCCACCAGAAGAGGCUCUGAGCUCCCUGAUACUGCUGUCACUGAGUCGCUCCAGUCCACCCCAGCGUUUAUUUUGCCCGACCCUCCACUAGAGCUAAGGAGUGGAAGGCGCGUGAGGAAGCUCAAGAAGAGGAAGGUGUUGAAAAAAGCCCAGGGAGUAGAGCAGUUUCAGAGCAGUGACACCGAGAUGGACGAGGAGGCCUCAAGGCCUAGGUGGAUGCGCCAGCGCAGGAGGCCGAGCGGAGGCUCUCAGUUCAGCACCUCCAGUUUGCCAACGGAUGAAGGCAGCAAGAGACCUAGCAGCGGCGUAAAGGCCAACAAACGUUCAGACGCAAAGGUAGCACUUCCCCAAGAGAACCUUGAUGUAGAAGGAAGCAUGGAGGUGUCGGCGGCCUGUCAGCAGCCACAGGAGGACGCGUUCACCCAGGCUACUCCUCCACCUGCAGUCCCUGGCCCAAUAAAAUCUGAGCCGCACAGCCUGGCCUGCAACGAGGUCUCCUCCACCAGUGACAUGGAUCUGUGCAAAUCCUCUGAGAGUGAUUUAUCUUUUCCCGUCACGCUGCCCAGGACCUCAUCAGACGCCUUCUCCGAUCAUGGUGAGGAUGACAUGCCGACUGAAGGAACAUUUCAUGGCCACCAGGAGGCUGUGAACGCCCUCCAGAUCCACAACGGGCUGUUGUACACGUGCUCCGGGGAUCGGACCAUCAAAGCCUUUGACUUAGUGAGUCAUAAAUGCGUGGGCGUGUUUGAGGGUCACAGCUCCAAAGUGACCUGCCUGUUGGUGUCCGUCGCUCCAUCCUUACAUCAUCGCCUUUAUUCGGGGUCCAGCGACCAGACCAUCCGCUGCUACAGUCUCAAGACACAAGAGUUUGAGCAGCAGUUCCAGCUGUCCGACCGAGUCCUCUGCCUCCACAGCCGAUGGAAGAUGCUAUACGCUGGUCUGGCCAAUGGCACAGUGGUGACCUUUAACCUCAGGACAAACAAGCAGAUGGACACAUUUGAGUGUCACGGGCCACGUGCCGUGAGCUGUCUGGCCUCGUCGCAGGAGGGAGCACGGAGGAUCCUGCUGGUUGGCUCCUAUGACAGCACCAUCAGCGUGAGAGAUGCUCACAGCGGGCUGCUGCUGCGCACGCUGAAGGGCCACAUCAAGGGUGUUCUCUGCAUGAAGGUGGUCAAUGAUCUGGUAAUCAGCGGAUCCAGUGAUCGUUCUGUUCAUACCCACAACAUCCACACAGGGGAGCUCGUUCACUCAUUUAAAGGUCAUAGCCAUGGUGUUACCGUGGUGACCGCUCUGGGGAAAGUCAUGGUCACAGCCUGCCUGGACAAACUGGUCAGAGUUUAUGACCUACAGACUCAGGACCAGCUGCAGGUCUAUGGUGGAUACAGUGAUAUGGUGUUAUGCAUGGCCAUCCAUAAGAACAUGAUCUACACAGGGUGUUAUGAUGGCAGCGUGCAGAGCGUGAAGCUGAACAUGAUGAAGAACAACCAUUGCUGGUGGCAUGGCUGCCCGCUGGUCUUCGGGAUGUCGAAGCAUCUCCAGCAGCACCUGAUCAACGACCACACUGCAACUGACUUCCAGGCAUUCAAGUGCCGCUGGAAGAAGUGUGAAGAGUUUUUUAGCGCACGCAGCAGCUCCAACCAGAUGGUGAUCCUGCACAUGCAGAAGCAUGCUGAGGAAGAACCAGCAGUGGAGUCCUAAGAAGGCUGGUGGUGGGAAAACGUUUUCACUAUCAGCCUUCUCCUUUAAUAACCCUGCUCUCAUUUAGCCUCCCAUAUUGGGAGGGGGGGCUUUGACACCUAACCGCCCUCCUUCCAGCCCGAAGAGCGGCUGUUUGACUAUGUUAUCCUUUAUUUUUCCAUGUUGGAAUCCAACUGUGAUUCUGUCCCAAAAGAAGUGGGGUAGGGGGGGUUGUGUUGUUUUAAUACUUUCUAAGAAACGCUGUCCUUCCUUUUCCUUCUUUUCGACCACUGCGUGUCUUUUUUUCCAACUGACCAAACCAAGAUAAAGAAAUGCGCAACUUUUUUUUGUUGUUGAAGAAACUCCAGUGUUGCCAGGGUCUGAGUGAUCUGUUACACUUUUGUGCUGCAAACGCAGUAAAAACAAAACAAAAAUGGCAUGGUUUGAGAUGUUUUUGUAAGUGUGCAUUUGUGAAAUGUUUUGUUGAGCGACCUGAAGUAACUUUGUUUCUCUCUUUUAAUUGCCGUAACUUUGUGUCAACGGCAGGACUGAGUCUGUUCGUGUGUAAUCUCUAUUUAACAGUUUGCUGGUAAAAAAUCAGAAGGUUUUUCUUAGGGUUUUGUAUUUAUUUGUUGCGCCUCAGGGCAUUUGGGGUGAGAACUGAGGUGUUUCAAUCUGCGAUUUGUCAGAAGAAUGUUUUAUUAACACUGUUAUGUGAAACUGGUUUAUCAAGAGUGAAGUGAAGUUGUGUUUUAACUUUUUUUUUUUUUUUUUAAGUUUAGAUUUAAAGUAUGGAGCAGAAGGCUGAGGAGCUUUAUUUUCCACAUUCAUUAUAGUUUUCUUAUGAAAGUGUGGAUCAGAGGGAUGUUAAGAGAAGGUGUUGGAUGGAAAGACGUAGAAGGAAAGAAAGUUUCAUCUCCCAUGCCAAAAAUCCAUAACUAGUAGCACAAGUUGUCCUUUUUAAGGUAAGUUCUCUUUAACCAGCAGUAUGUUCUCUUUAUUUGUACAGUUCACCUCUAAUCUGGCAUUCCUGAGUUUCUUCAAGAUUAUCCGUUCAAAGUUCUUUAAGAGCUGUUUUUUAAAGAAGUGCAAUCUAAGAUGUUAAUAAUAAAAGUUGUCUCUAACAUAAAAA